CUAUGGCACCGAGCCAGAGGGAUAUAUCAUCCCCGACCAGUCCCGCACCAGCUGCUUGAGCAGCUUUGCUGCCCUCCCCACCCCCUCGUCCGUCCUGUACUGUGGGUUGGUGUCCAGCAGCAGCUCCGCGACGAUGACGGCUGCGGCGUAGGUGAGGGUGAAGGUGGGGUCGGCCUCCUUCAUGGCCAGCAGUGCCCUGAUGACCGCCUCGUCGGGGUCGUGGGAGGGGGGAGAUGAUGAAGACGACGAUGGGGGCUGGUCUUCACUGGCAGCUGGUGGUGGUGUUUGGCUGCUGAAGGCCUGCUGCCGCCGCUUGCUGGGGGUGAUGCCGUGCUUGGCAUUGACGGCCUCCUUGAUGGGCUUCAGACCCUCCUUCAGCAGCUGCUUCCCGUUGAGGCUGUCUUCCGCCACGGUCUUGGUGCACAGCACUGCACGACGCUGCCAGGCGCGCUGCGAGACCGCCGUCUUGCCCUCCUCCUUCGCCUUGUCGACCUGCUCCAUCAGCGACUCGAACAGCUGCGAGUCGAAGGCGUGGCAGUAGUACUGGCACCAGUCCGGGGCAAACUGGCUCUUCCACUUGGCGUCUUGGACAGUGGACAGGCCGGCAGCAGGCUCGCCGCCACGCCCCCAAUCAUCCACCAGUCGUCUGCAGGCUGCCAUCCGGGGUAUCCCCAGGCGCGCUUGCAGUUUGUCACCAGGCCAUCAGAAUAUAAAAUGUAAGCAGCGAUCUGCACAUACCACAGAGUCAUAUGUGCAGAGACAUAACGAGGCGCCCGAUGCUUGCCUACCUUUUGUGGCGUUUGUGCUCUCCCCUCUCCUGCCUUGUCAUUAAGGCAGGUAAUAAGGCUGCUGGGGUCGUGUGGUGCUGGUGGGUCGGUGGAUGACGAGCUGCUGCUGGUGUGUGAGGGGGUGCUGCUGCGGAACAUGGCCUGCUUGAUGGGGGCGGGGGCGUUCGUGAGGGCGUUGAUGAUGGCCGUCUCGACCGGCACCGCCCUGUUCUUGCCGCCCUUGGUUAUCAGGCUCCCCUCGUCCUGGCCUGCGGCGUCGAUGAAGGUCGGGAUGGGCACGAUGAGCUUCGUGGUGCCACCGGCGACCAGCUGGACGUCCACCCGGACAAAUUCUACUAGGAUGUUGUCAUAGGUGGCAUCCGUCGACACAAAUUUCGAGCUGGCGGGCUGCUGCUCGGCCGUCUCCACCGCGCUUACGCCAUCCGCCAUGCUACUCAAGGUCUCGGCCACCUUAAACACACGCACCUAAGCGAAGCACACAACCACACACAGACCGACCAAGCAAUGAAUGACCCACCUUUAUGUGAGUUGCGAGACUGCCUUUUGUCCCGUGUGGUGUCAUGAACUCACCGCAUGCAUAGCGAUGCCCUUCUCGAGGAGGUCGAUGACCGAGAAGACGGCAGCGACCUCCCACUCCCACUCACUGUCCACCCCCAGGUCCUCCCGCAAGAUUCGCCUUAUGCGCUUUCCAUCGGCCAUCUGCACACCGGCCAUGUAGCGGCGGUGGACCGGCUCACCGCUCCCCAGCCCCAGCCCCGCCUCAUCCGCCUUCUUGCCCAGCACUGGCAGCACGGAGGCGUCUCCCGGGGGAAACAACAGCACCUUCAGUGCCAGGAAGCUGCCGUGCGGGCAACGCUUGGCGUCCUCCUCGCUGUGGAGGUCCUCCACCACGGCCACUUCGCUCGCAGCCUCCUGCCCCGGCUGCAUGGCCUGCCCCUCCCCGCUCGCAACGAACAGGGAGUAGAUGGGCCCGCCGAGGCAGUAGAGGUUCUGCGCCCGCCGAUAUUCGCCUCUGAUAAGGGCGUCCUCGAUCGCGGGGCGGACCGUUUGCGGAACCACGCCCUUCCGGUAGGCCACCUGAUCGCUGGGGGUGGGCAGCGGUGCGUCGGUCGGGCGGGUCCUGGCGCCGUGUGCCCUGGUCAGCAGGUACAAGUACGCCGCCUCAAUGCGCUCCUUGCGCGACCUGGCGACCUUCCUGACGCAGGGGAGUGUGUGGUGGCCGUUGUGCAGCUGACUGAAGAACACGUUGUUCCUGGACACCCCGAUGCCGUCAGGCGACUUGAACUUGUCAGUGACCGUCCAGGUGGCGGCAGCUGACGGCAGGGCCACAGACACAGGGGCCUCUGGCGUCACGUCUGAUCGAUGAAUGACACACAU